AUGUCGACAACCGCGCCCACCGUCGUUACGGUAUGGGUGCACAACCCAGGCCUCGAAAAACUGAAGUUCCGGUGCACCACAGAAACGAUGGUGUUUGAGAUCAUGGAUCUCAUCGAAACGGCGUUCGAGGGCGCCGUCAAGCCCUACCAGCAGCGCCUCUCCCUCUCGCACGUGCUGGUAGCCGACGGCAUAGACAACGACGAGGAUCUCGCCCGCUCUCUGGGUGAAUUGGGACUCCGCGGUGAUCAAUGUAAUUUUGCAUUGAUAGUGAGGCCGAAGAGGGGUUUAGAGAGUUCCGGCGAGGAGCAGGUGGAGAAGGAGGAGAAAGAGGAGGACGCGGCGUCCGAUGGGAGUAUUGACCCAUCGGACGUGGAAAUUAUCUUAGACCGGCCGAAGUCCGGUUACGCUAAGCCGAGGGUGAGGCCGAGGGGCCCACAGAGCCGACCGCAUAGGCACAUUCGGCAGAGGAUGGAAGAGAAGAAGAGACGGGCGGAGGAGAAGGCGUCGAGGGGCAGCGGCUCCGACGUCGAGAUGGCCGAGGCACGUUAG